AUGGUCCUCCACAACCCCAACAACUGGCAUUGGGUCAACAAGGAUGUUGGCACCUGGGCGCGGGAAUAUUUGGAGAAGGAUCUGCAGGGCAUCUCUGCCGAGGCCGACGGCGUCACCGCCCAGGUCGAUCGUGUCAUCAGCAUGGAUGGCGAUGUCGAGGUCAGCCAGCGCAAGGGCAAGGUCAUAACCAUCUACGACGUGAAGCUGCAGCUGGAGUACUCAGGCAAGAACAAGGAGGGCGAGGCAGCAAGCGGCACCAUCACCAUCCCGGAGAUCGCACACGACACCGAGGAGGACGAGUAUGUCUUUGAGAUAGACAUUUACAGCGAAUCGUCAAGCAAGCAGCCCGUCAAGGACCUCGUCCGCUCCCAGCUCACCCCCAAGCUCCGCGAACGCUUCGCAAACCUGACCAAAGCCCUGGUUGCCGAGCACGGCAAGGACAUCCAGCACGCGCCCGGCUCGAAUCCCUCCAGCGGCUUCUCCACCCCCAAGGUCUACGAGAGCUCCUCUCUCAACAAGGGCGGCCAGUCGGCCUCGACCACGACCACCACCUCCUCGGACGGCAAGGGCCCGCUGAUCAACACCACGACGCUCACGGACAACGACGAGUUCCGCACGACGGCCGCGGAGCUGUACCAGACGUUCACAGACCCGCAGCGCAUCGCGGCCUUCACGCGCGCCCCGCCCAAGACGUGGGAGGGCGCGCAGGUGGGCGCCAAGUUCGAGCUGUUCGGCGGCAACGUCUCGGGCGAGUUCGUGACGCUCGACGAGCCCAAGAACAUUGUGCAGAAGUGGCGCCUCGCCCAGUGGCCCCAGGGCCACUUCUCCACCCUCAACAUGCACUUCGACCAGAACGACGUCGACAAGGUCACCGUCAUGCGCGUCGAGUGGAAGGGCGUCCCCGUCGGCCAGGAGGACGUGACCAAGCGCAACUGGGGCGAGUACUACAUGAGGAGCAUCAAGACCACUUUCGGCUUCGGCACCGUCUUGUAG